GUUGCGUUGUUGAAGCGCAUUUCACGCCUUUGCUUGUGAUCCACGCCGUUUAUCCUUCCGUCGGUUAACCAUCCUUCAACGAAGCGUCUUCUCUGUUCUCGUGUACGUUUCUUCGCUCUGGCAUUUCUUCUAAUUUAAUCAUAGUUUAAGUAUUCAACCUUUGGCAUUACACGGGUAUCUCCAGUGUAAUGCUGCGGAGAAAAUACAUUUUCACCACGUAAACAAAGAUCGCCAUCAAGCUUACGACGUCACUCAUCGUUUGGUUAUCAAGUUGACGUCAUUUUCCAGAUUUUAAUGGGCUGUUAUAAAUCUAAUAAAUACAGUCACUUGAAUUAAUCCCAUAUUCUCUUUGUGGAUCCUUGUCACCACGCCCACAUAGAGAAACAUGAGCUCACACAAGAGACCUGUCCGUGUUCGGGCAGAUUCUGACACCAAUUUCUCCAUGGCCUGUGACCCGAAUACACCAGGUGUGGAAGAGGGCAACGGUCUCCUGACCAAACUGAUGGAGCUCCCCGUAGCCCGUCUGUCCCGACAGCAGCUGAAAAAGCUGGAGGAGCAUCAGUACAGCAGUGCGGGACGGUCCCUCCUGGAUCCCUUCAUGCAGGGAUUCUGGUGCUGGCUGGUGAGCAAAGUGCCUCUCUGGAUGGCGCCGAACCUCAUCACCAUAGUGGGACUCGCUACCAAUAUCAUCAGUACUCUGAUACUAGUAUACUACUGCCCCACUGCCACCGAACAGGCACCAACGUGGGCAUACUUAGCCUGUGCUUUGGGUCUGUUCAUCUACCAAUCCCUGGAUGCUAUAGAUGGAAAGCAGGCUCGACGGACCAAUAGCAGCACACCUCUCGGCGAGCUCUUUGAUCAUGGCUGUGACUCCCUCUCUACAGUGUUUGUUGUCCUGGGCACAUGUAUAGCAGUGCAGCUGGGUACUCACCCGGACUGGAUGUUUUUCUGUUGUUUUGUGGGCAUCUUCAUGUUUUAUUGUGCCCACUGGCAGACGUAUGUUUCAGGAACGCUGCGCUUUGGCAUAAUUGAUGUGACUGAGGUACAAAUCUACAUUAUAAUCAUGUACUUACUGGCUGCCAUUGGAGGAACUGCUUUUUGGAAAUCUGUGAUCCCUGUGAUUAAUAUCCAGAUGAAAAUAAUACCGGCCAUUUGCACUCUUCUGGGGGCCAUUUACUCCUGCACAAACUACUUCCGGGUUAUAUUCACGGGCGGAAUGGGCAAAAAUGGAUCUACUGUUGCAGGCACAAGCGUUUUGUCUCCAUCCUUCCAUAUAGGAGUGGUAAUAACACUUGCUCUAAUGAUCUAUAAGAAGUCUUCAAUGCAGCUGUUCGAGAGACAUCCAUGUCUCUACAUCUUAGCAUUUGGAUGUAUCUCGGCCAAACUCACCAAUAGACUGGUGGUGGCUCAUAUGACAAAGAGUGAAAUGAGUCUUUACGACUUGGCCUUCACCGGACCAGUGCUGCUGUUUCUGAACCAGUACUUCAACAGUUUCAUUAAUGAGUACUGUCUUCUGUGGGUCGCUCUGGUGCUGUCAGCGUUUGAUCUGGUUCGGUACUGCGUGAGUGUCUGUAACCAGAUCGCCACACACUUAAACAUCCGUGUCUUCAGCAUCCAGCCUCCGUCUCCAUCCAGAGUUCAGGCAGACAGCAGAAAUUGCCACUAACCUCUCAUCCCCUCUCCCUCAAACACCUCCAGAAGGUCACGCACCUACUGAAGUAGUGAAUGUAAAAGACAACUCAUAGAGCCCGAGCCCAAAUGGCUGCAGUUAUGAACUUUGUUCCCAUAAUGAAGACUAUAGGGAAUAUUUAAAAGAAUAUACAUACUAUGGUUAGAACACCAUUUAGUUGACAGUAUUUUGUUGUUAGAUGACCAGUUUUGUUUGCCAUAGUUAGAAGAUCUGCCGCAGAAGCCACAACUUUGAAUGUUUUGGACCAAGUAUUUUACCCAGCAGUGUAGAGUUCAUUCCAUUAACAGUCAACGCUCCAUCUGAAUGCAGUUUCAUAAUUACAGAAUACUAUAGGCAUUAACUGGAAGCUUUGCAGCCGUUCACUAAAACAAAAUAUCUAAAUUUACUCUUAAACGCCAGUACGUGCCACUGUUGCCAGUAAAUAGUGGUGCUCUGUUGUCUUAGAAGAGCAGAGAGCUUCCGUCAAUAUUUCAGAAAUUACAAUUUCACAUUUACAAAUCCUGCUAAUUCAGCCUCUCAUCUAAUGUCAUUCGGUAAACGAAUCUUUUUUCUUUUUAUGCAUAUGGUACUUUGUGUUUGUAGUGUUUGGAGGGGAUUAUUAUUAUUGUUGUUUAGGUAUACCAAUGUCACUAAAGGAUAAAAACUGUAUUAGAAACAGUAUUUUGAUAGUGCCCUAUUUUCCUAAUAAUAACUGGGGCCAAGAUAGACGUCUAGAAUGGUUAUAAGUUACACUGUACAAAUGAACCCUUAAUAAUGGAUGACAUUGAAAAAUUAAAAAUGAGUGUUUUUGCUCUAAAUACAUUUGUUAAUGUGAUAACUUGUGCUAAUUUAUUUUUGUGCCUUUUAUUUAUCACUGUCGUUAUACUCCUCUAUGCACAGUAAAAGUUGGACUCAGCGAUUUUGAUAUUUUUUAACCUCUUGUGUUAAUCGCAUUUUGUUUGUAAGCAUCAUACUCAACAAAGAUGCAAUAUCAUAUUCCUGCAUGUCGCAUUAUUGAAUUAGCAAUCUGCAAUGAGUCAUUAUAGAUAUUUUUUACCUUCAUGUCAAUUUGUUUUAGAAAAAAUUGCUUUUUUUUAAUUGCUUUUUUUUUUUGACAAUUACUGUAUAUUGCAAAACAAUAGACAUUAACUCUGCAGUUCUUUAUCGGGUGCUUCCAAAAGUAGAAUAUGAACAGUGGCCAAACUCCAUAUAUAUUACUCAAAAGGCGUUAUUGUUUUGCAUCUACCUCUGAGCAGUUGCUUGUAUGUUAUUUUAGUCUCUUGAGUUGAGACUUUUAUUGAAGAUGUUUUAAUCCAGCUGUGAAUGUUAUUUAAGUGGAUUUCUGGGUAUUUGUGUUUCUCCCUUUUUCUUUUUUUUUCGAAACACGUCAUCCGUUCACCUGAGGUCAGCGAAAGCUGCAAAACACGCAUAGUUGAAGAAAACGCUGUCUGUCGCUGUAACUAUAUUUGCAUACCUGUAGAAUUUGUACCUCGACCAGUAUUUUGGUUGUUCUGUUGAUUUACAGCAAAUAUUUUACUUUGUAAUAGACUAAUGGUCAUGAAAUAAAGAUUGUUAUAUUUAUGUUAACAGA